AUGGCACCCAAGAAACAUUUCAAAGUUCACUCUUUGAACAAGCACAUUGAGGACACGAAAAAGGGCCUCAGUGCUGAAGCUCAGUACAACAAACGACCCAUCCCCAAGUCGACAGUUUCGAUCAAGAAGGAACCCGGCGCUAUUGACAAGGCCAUUUUCGGCAACGAGUCUGAAGACGACGAGAGCGGCAGUAGCAGCAGUGAGAGUAGUGAUGAAGACGGUCCCGACUUUUUGCAGAAGCUUCAAGUUUCAAAAACAUCCAACACUACAACUCCCAAGAAGCCCGCCAAGAGAGACGAAAUAGCCGACAGCGACGAUGAGCGCCGGUCGACCGCCAAGAAUGUCACGUCCGCCAAAUCAAAGCGACCUGUACAAUCUGGUGCGCCUUCAUCGGAUGACACUAGCAGUGAAUCCGAGUCCGAAUCAGGAUCUGGGGCUGAGUUGAAGUCAGUCAAAGGUGAACAGAAAGUGAGAGCAAACGGAGGGCCAUUGAAAACUGAGGCUCCAUCCAGCUCUGGCUCCACCUCUGGUUCUGAUGAGGAAGAGGAAGAAGAAGGAGAUGAAAGCAGUAGUGACGAUGAGCCAGAUAAGAAGGCAACUGCGACAAAAGUCAAAGGCUCGACCUCAUCGGACCAAGAGUCUAGCGAUAGCGCCAGUGACGAUGAAAGUGACGACGAAAGUGAGCCAGCGGCUUCCAAAAAGCCCGAGGCAGCGAUAACGUCGACCAAUGGCGCUUCCACAGCCACCACUUCGGAGACAAGCUCCAGCGAUGAGGGUACUGAUGAUGAGGAUCAGACGGCCGCCCAAGCAAAACCAGUCGCUACGAGGAAAUCAGUUCCCGAUGAGCCAUCAGAUGAUGCAUCCGAAGAUUCGAGCGAAGAAGACGCAGACGUGUCCAUGCACAUUGCUGAUCGUCAACAUGAUCCUCGGGCCACUGUCCCAGACUUUAUCGCCCCAGAUUUUAUUCUUCGCAAAAGUGACGGUGGGACCAACGGACAGGACGUUGCUCGCAUUUGCAACCAGGCCAAUCUGCAAGGGAAACAAGUCUGGUACUUUACGGUGCCAGCUAACGUACCCAUCUCAGUUGUGCAGAAUAUGGAGAUUCCUAUGAACCAAUCUCAAAGCGGCGACAGCGUCUUCUCACACGAUGGCGAAGACUAUGGCAUUUCUAUGGACAGUAUGACUCCAAAGAGCUCGAUUCAAAUUCUAAUACCCUCUUCUGACGGAACGCGAUAUCAAUCCGCCUCCCGACCAAUCGACCAGGUAAUGCAAGUCAAGAAAAUCACACAACUUGGCCAGGGUUCAGGAGCUACUUCUUCUGUCGGCCCUACUCCGAAGCCACCGGCUCGACAACAGCCCGAGGGCCUCAAAGCCAGAUAUCAACCUUAUGGAGUCACUAGUCCCAUGGGUCAAAUUGGUGUAGAUGCAUCCUUCCACAUUGAAGAUGAUACAGAGAUGGCUGAUGCUCCUGCUCCUGCUCCUGCGAUCCCCGCUGGCAGCGCACAGAGCAAGUCGGACAAGAAGGAAAAGAAAAGGAAGGAAAAGGGGGAGUCUGAGACGCCAAGAAAGGGCAAAAGAAAGCACGUUUCUUCUGAGGAUGAUGCGGUCGCUGCUACAGAACAACUUAUGGGGGAGAACUUGUCCGCAGAAACCAAAACAAAGAAGCAGAAGACUGAGCGCGUUGGGAGUCCCGAUCUCGGAUCCGAUGCGCCUCCAUCGUCGGCUGUUUCCAAGAAACAGACGCUCCUUGUGCCCCCGGCGAUUCCGGGGUCAACGCCCUCGUCGAAGUCCAAGCGUAGCAAGUCCAAGCCUGAGACUCCAGCGUCAAAGCCUCGUGAGACGGCAGUUCCUGUCCCUCAAGUGCCAGGAUCCUCUCAGCACAAGGUUUCUCCUGUUCCCAUUCCUCAACCUGGUGUAGCCUCCACGCCUGUUGCAGACAGAGACAGCAAGAAGUCCAAGAAGAAGAAGACAAAGACUCCUGAUGCCACCGCAAAAACUCAGCAGAGUCCUCCUCCAAGUGCACAGCCAGCAGGCAAAAACAGCAAGAUUAAGUUGACUCCUGUACCGAUGCCAAAGCUGAAGACCACAGGCUAG